AUGACUAUUGCUUGGCUUGGGACACGAUGUGAUUGUGCAUGCUAUGAUGUUCAUAUAUAUAUACAUAUUCUGUUUUUGUUUUCUAUUCAUGGAAUCAGCCAUCAUCAUCAUCUUCUUCCACGAUGGUCAAAUAUCAACUAUACCGUCCAGCAGAUCAUCUCUGAACGUAUGCAUAUCUACGAGAAUCUUCACCGGCAUCAAAUGAUAAAAGGUCCAAGAAAUCGAAACAUGGUUCGAAAUCAAGCUCAAGAGAUCGUGAAGGUAGUAGCAAUGAUAAGCGAAAUACAGAAUACACAAAUUCUCUUUCAUUUAGAAAAAUCGCGAAAACAUAAGAAGAAACAUCAUCAAUCGAAGAAAAGUUCAGCCGAGAAGCGUGAUUACAAUGAUGAUGCGCCUCCAUUGCCGCCCGAUGAGACUAUACCGCCACCGCCGCCGCCACCUUUACCUCUUUCGAAUUCUCUCGACGAGACCGAAGAGAGUUCGACAACAAAUGAUUUAGUUAUGAAAACGAAUUUACCGUUGUCACGGUCACCACCACCUGUCAUGCCAAACAUCUUACGUCAAGGCUCUCGUCCACGUUUGAUUGCGAAGGAACAAUUGGUUCCAUCUCCUGUCAUGCAAUGCAAUGAAACCAAUGAAAAUAGCAAAUCUUCUCCAACAUCUACAACAAACACAAAUCACACAGAAGACUUAGCGGCGAAAAAGUUUGAAGAACAAUUAGCUUUACUUGAUGCUACCUCGUCGAAAUUAACGAUGAAUAAUUGGGAGCAGUCAAGUGAAGGAAGCGAAGGAGAUGAACAAAUCGAACGCAUUUGUCGAAUGAAUAAUACGGGUAGCAUCACGGGACCCAUCCAAUUCAAAUUUAAUCGUACACAACAUUUACCGUUGAAAACAUCUGCAGUGUCGAAUGAUGUGGCAAAUAAUGAAGAAGAACCUGAACCAGUUGUAAUGUCGACAAGAAAGAAACGUUUACACAAACCAAAUGAUCCAACAACGGGCUCUCAUUCAUCAUUGUCAGGUGAUGAGAACGAAAAAGCAUUGCAAAACAAAAAACAAAAGACAUCUGAGAACGAAUCAAGUGAACCUGUGACAACGGAUGAACAACAAACAGCACCAGUAACUGCAGAUGGAGAUGAGAAGCCUGUAGCAGUUAAAAGUGAAGAACCAGUUGCUUCAACGACAGUCGAGAAGAAAUCAGAGGAAGACGACAAUGGUGGCGAUCGUAAGCAUGGCUCUCGAUCAUCAUCAGCAUCGUCAAGGUCUCGAAGGCAUAGUAGUCAUCGAAGACAUCGAAAUCGUCGUCGUCGUCGUCGUCGACAUUCAUCUUCAUCAAGUUCACGCUCUUCCUAUUCAAGUACAUCGUCUGAUAGUUCUCGUUCAUCGUCCAGUCGAUCACAUCGAAGACGGCGACGCCAACGAUCACGUUCAUCUCGUUCGUCGUCACGUUCGUCCACUAGCUCAAGUGAUAAUCGUUCGCGGCAGAGUAGUCGAAGCAGCCGUCGCUCCUCUCGUUCCUACUCUCGGCGACGUUCAUCGAGUUCUCGAAGUUCUCGUUCGUCGACAUCAUCACAAAGUUCAAAUAGUCGAUCAAGAUCUCGUAGUCAUAAUCGAAAAACAUCACGACGUUCCAAUAAUGGCCAUCAGCUACAAUCACAUAACAAUGGAAAAGGACGAGGAGGUGCAGCGCGUCGUGGUCGUGGUGCACGAAAUGGUCCACGUGGUCGUCGUGCUCGAUCAAAUGACAAUUUACGUCGAUCACCUCCAACGAAUCGCAAUGGAAACAAAUAUAAUGGCCCACUGGGUGGUGCUGGUAUUCGUAAGCUACCAAAUAAUAAGCAGCCGCGUGUGCUUAUUGCUGCAACACCAAAACUUCCAAACAGCGAAGAGAAUGUUGAUGAAACAGCAGCUACAUCAACGACGGGGGUGUCCAGUGAAGAAAAUAAAGUGGAACCGAUUAUUCUAACUACCAAUCAAAAUCAACAACGAACCAUUGGACAGAAGAAAAAUGUCAAAGGAAAGAAUAAACAACAAACACCAGCGUAUUCGUUGAAGAAAGAAGAAAAUGAAGAUAUGGAGCAAGACGAUGAUGAUCCAAUUAUUGGUCCAAAACUGCCGCCCGAGUUCGAGAAAAAGAUCAGUAAAGAUCAUUCGUUUACUCCACCGGAUAUGGAUGACCCAGAUAACAUUGAAAUGCUCAAUGACUUAAAAUAUCGUGCUGAAAUCCAUGCAGCUAAAAAUCACGGAUUGAUUACUGAGAUUCAAGCACAACAAUUGAUUGAAGAACGUGAGACUCAGAGACAAUUGGCAGAUUUCCCACUCAUCCAAAUGCCGAUCAUGCCAUCACCUGCAAUUUCUUCAAUGCCUUCGUUUAUUGUCGCUGCGCCUAAUCCUGUCCUUACUAACUAUCAUCAUCUUCAAGUAGCAUCAGCCACUGUGCCACAAAUAGCAGCUAAUCCUGAUACAUCUUCCGUAACACUUGAACAACAACAACAACAGCAGCAGCAGCAACAGUUACAGCAACAGCUACAGCUACAUCUACAGCAGCAGCAGCAACAACAACAAUCUCAAGUACAAUCACAAACAUCUGUGUCACCUAACUCAGCAGCUUCUAGUGGUGGUGAAAGUUGUUCAACACCUGGUCAAACGACGCCAAACGGUACAACCAAUGUAUUAACACAAGACGGACAACCGAUGAUGAUUCAAACUGCAACUAAUGGCAGUCCACAAUUAGUACAGAUUGCUCAACCAGCACAGCAGUUAUAUAUGCCCAUGCAAGCUGCUGUUCAGCAGCCACGCGUCGUUGCUGUACGAACGCCGCAAGGUGGCCUUCAACAUUUCAUCGAAUAUCCGACUGCUCAAUUAUUGCAAGCGCAACAGUCCCAACAGCCUCAAUUUAUUCAACACAACGGUCAACUUGUGCAAGUUAUCCGACCAUCAGUAGCCUAUUCUGCGCCCACAUUUAUGCAACAAAUACAACUACAGCAGCAACAACAGCAAGUACUUGCUGCCCAACUUCAAGCUCAACAGUUGGCUGCCAUGCAGCAAACAGGUGGUGCUGUGUUAAUGCAAAAUUCAGCUGGGCAACUUGUGCUUGCUCAACCAAAUCCGCAAGCGAUGCGAGUUGUUCAAAUUCCUUAUGUACCUAAAUGA